AGAAGAGCUGCGCAGUGCGUGCGGUGUGUCCUGCUACGUAUAUACCUGCUGUCGAUCGUUCUAUUUGAACUUCCUGCAUCUCAGGCAUUUUCAACAUAUCCCAUAUGGUUUGUACUAAGGAAGAUCAUAGUAUUCAAUGAAAUACAUCGUGUAAGAUAAAGCCUGUGGAGAUCAACAUCUUUCCGACUAUCCUUUCAUUACCAGCUCCCGAGCCGAAAGACAUGUAUCAAAGGAGGAUCUAUCUCUCCCAAGAGAGUACUCUCUUGGAAUGGCUGAUAUGGUAGAGCGCGUGAAAUUAAUGCUCACUACUUUAUACACUCAAUCUAUAUAGCUGGAAUUCAUUGGUACUUGUUUGUGCGCCUUCGGCCAACUUAGCAAACGCACGUCGAAUCACAGGAGCAAGGGCUGGCCCUCAAAAUCAACGAAAGAAAAGGCAAAUAGGAAGCCAGAACGACGACCAAAGGUGCUCAUAAAAAAAGAUCUCAUGACCUUCCUCGGCCCCCAUGCCGAGAGACCUUGGACAGCGCGCUCAAGACUUCCGAGAAAGUUGGCUCGCACCGUCAGGGGGAUGGCUCUCCGAAAUCACAAUUAUUAUCUCCGACCUGACAGGGAUAUGGGACAUCAUCAUCCUGUCUGGCUUCUUUGUAGCUGGAUGGAUCGUGAUACGUACAAGUCCGAUGGAGAUUUCGAUGAUCCUUGCUUUGGCGUUCGACCUUGCUAUUCCAUUGCAGUAUCAAAACGACGAUUAUCUCGAAAAGAAACACGACAAACACCUGGAGAAUUACUGGCCGACGUUCGUCAUGGGCUGCCUUAUCGAAGGCGUCGCUUUCUUCUUACUCCAUCCGGACCUGUUCACGUUGAUAGUAUGUUUAAAGACGAGCGCCUUGACGAUCAUGUGGAUGAGUCGGGAUCAGGGCGCAUCAUCUAUCAAAGUGAGAUCUAGGUCAUCGAAGUCCUCCAACAAUGAAACCUCCAAAUCAAGGCCAACCUCACAACCGAAGUCCAGAUCCUCCAAACCUCCCGAUCCUCCUAUUCCUGCAAACAUGCCCAUCUCCACCCAUAUCUCCAACCCAUACAAAUACCUCCAUCGCGCGGGCUACGCAGAUCCCGCGGUCGCGGGUAUGAUUCUCGCUCUCAACUCUGUCGAUAAAGAGGGAGCGAAAAAAAAUAUGAAUGUGUGGGUGAAGGAGAAGGAUAAAAAAGAGGUAGACAGGAGGAAUAAGGAUUAUGCGGAGAGGGCGAGGAAGGCUGGAUGGCCUGAUAAGUUCGGAAGUCAUGGACAGGAAGCUGAAGGAGGAGAAGGAGGGAAGUUGAAGAUACCGGAAGAUUCUGUAAAGAAGGCGGAAGAAGCGAUGAGACUGGAGAAAGUCCCCGCUGAUGAACGUAAAAAAGUGCUCUCGCUACUGGAGAAUCCGAAAUCGGAAAGUGAGAUUCAAAUGGCUGCAAAGAUCUUGGAACGAAUGGGUAUACCCGUCGAAGGACCCAAGAAGGAUAGAACUCAGCAGAGUCGAGGAGGCAACUCAAGCAAACCAGAAAGCAAGGUGAAACACAAAUUCGGAGAGUCGGAUGGUCAAGGUGGUUAUCGUGAUAUUCAACUAACAAAAGAUACUGUGCAAAAACUCGCUAAAGGAAUGGUGAGACGAGGUUGGUCAGAAGCGGAUGUCAACCAAUGGUACACAUACCUACAACGACCCUUCUCUCGACGUGAAGUAGAGACCAAAGUCAUCCCCUUGGCGAAAUCGGUCGAUGUCUACCUCGGCGGAGGAUAUACGGGCGGUGGACCUCAUAGGUUUGACACCAAGAAGCUGCAGGCGCUCAAACCGCAGUUGAGGGAUAAGUGUGGGGUGGAUAGUAAUUUUGCGGAGCAUAUGAUUUUGGUUGCAAUCAAUCAGCCGACGGCGAACAAAUCUCAGGGGAUGUUUAAUAGGUGGUUAACCAAUGGUUUGUCCAGAGCUGAGUUUGAACAGUUGAGGAAGACGGGUCCGGAUUGGGCUUAAUGGGUUCUUUUUUGUCAUCAACUUCAAUGCAAGCAUGUGUGGAAC